AUGCACGACUCAGACAGCACCACCGACAGCGUGGCACGUGGCGCCACCAGUGGAAGCGCCAGUUCAGGGACACCGCAUUUUCGAGCUUCACACCGGCAGCCGCAACGAUCAAGCAACGAAGAUGCUGAUCAAGGCAGUGGACACAAAGCUCCAUUGCAUCAGCGCAUCCAAGGAGUUAAACGUCAAGGACUUCUGGCAAAAGCGAGCACCGUGGCCAGCUCUUAUUCAUUGGGUUCAAACAAAACAUUUGCCGCCCUUGUACCGGCCCAGGGGCACGGGUGGGCUGGGAUACCUUGUGUGUAUUUGUGUUUCUGCUUUGUGAGCUUGGCAUGGUUGCGUUAUUGUGCGAGCAUGUUGCUUAUGUUGGUUUUGAUUGCUCAAAGUGCAGCUGCAGAUCUGCUGCUGUGGCAGCUUGGUGGGGUGUUAAGGCAGCUGCAGAAAAUGAGAUGGGUGAGGAGCACUGUGCAGUCCAUGUUUUUGAUGCCUUGGCCAUGA